AUGGCAUCCUCGUGGAGUGGUGAUGGCUCGUAUGCCCCUGGGAGUCGACGCAAGAAAGCCUAUGAAUGGUUGAAAGCAGCGAAUGAACUUGGUCAGACUUAUACGUCACGAUGGGCGGGUCAGGGAACCAGUUCCCAAGAGGACUAUUAUCACACACCAGGCGCAUUCCCGGAUAUUGAGAUCGCGCGGUCUGGCGACGAAGAGAUGGUUUUGUUCCCUAGCUAUGCGAGAAGACUGUCACCGAAAGAGAAAAGUUCUAACAUACGCCCACGGCGAGAUUCUUGGACUGAAACAAUCGACGAUUAUCGCGGUACUUCCGAGGAAGAUACCGCGGCGUCUCGUUGGGAUCAACCUGCUGUCGAAAAUGCAGUGGUGGAUGUUGACGUCCGAGGAUGGGUGUAUGCGCCAAACCGAGGCCCAAUGAAUCGAAAACAUCGCCUGAUGAUCAAACUGGCGAGGACUCUAAGUGGAAUUCCAGCUCCAUCUGGCGCUCCAAAUGAAGAUGCCUCUGAUAAGAUAGCCAGCAAAGGCGAGGAAGAGGACGUAAGAAAAGAGAUGAAGACUUUGGUCGAUGAAGCAGAGCAAGACGCCGACCAAGCUUGGAAGAGCUCCAGUACAGAUCGCACCCGCGCAGUGCCAGGUCAGUCUGCAUCAAUGUCUAAAGACGAGAUCUCUAUGGCCAAUGCACAUCUUAUGGAGCGAUUACGUCCAUUCCUCACGAAUCCCAUGGCUGGCAUGCCGGUCACGGUCUUCCUUUUCAACGAGGAGCAGAGCGAGUCCCGAAACAUGAUGACGGACGAAUCGGGCCAUUUCAAUAUUCGCGCUCCCAUGACAUUCGUGCCAACUCAUAUUCGGGUGCUUGCGUCAGAAGAUCUGUCUGCUGCGAAGCCUAUUGAGAUCAUUGGGCCCACAGGUAUCAGCUUGAUCAGUGAUAUUGAUGACACAGUCAAACAUUCGGCGAUCGCCAGUGGAGCAAAAGAGAUGUUUCGGAACACAUUUGUUCGAGAGCUCGCUGAACUCAAAGUAGAUGGGGUUAGCGAAUGGUAUACCCAAGUGGCCAACAAAGGAGUGGAGAUGCAUUAUGUUUCUAAUGCACCAUGGCAACUCUAUCCUUUGUUAGAAAGAUACUUUAAGCUAGCGGGACUGCCCCCAGGCUCUUUCCAUCUCAAGCAGUAUACGGGUAUGCUACAGGGAAUUUUUGAGCCGACAGCGGAGCGAAAACGGGGCUCGCUAGAACAAAUUCUACGUGAUUUUCCUGAGCGCAUGUUCGUCUUAGUUGGCGACAGUGGGGAAGCUGAUCUGGAGGUUUAUACGGAUAUUGCAUUGGCAAACCCAGGCCGUAUUUUGGGAAUCUUCAUUCGCGAUGUUACAACGCCAGAGAAACAGCCAUUUUUCGAGAAAUCUACAGGAUACCUUGAAGGAAAGGACGUUCGUAAUCGCAGCACUCCACAAACUGUGGACUCGACAGAUUCUCAAUCUAGCAGACCUGCACUGCCGCCCCGUCGAUCCCGAAGUCCGCUCACACCCACAGAAAAUGAUACCAAGAGUGUUGAAGUUGGGGAUUUGAUAGACCUACGAGAUAAUGAAGUCUCGGAGUCUACCAAACCAAGCCCAGCUGUGAAGCCACGGGCGCCCCCAACCAAACCAAACAAGCCAUCGGCACUCCGAACAGCCGCAGGGGUCGCUGAUAUAAAGAAUGAGACAAGGCCCAAUGAUGAGCGUCAAACGUCUCAAGAAUCCAUUCGUCGCAAGCCAGUACCCCCUUUGCCACCCCGACGAAGUUCUACAGCCAAGACGGAUAGUCUGAUCGAUCUCGACCCAUCUCCACCACUCUCUCGGACCCAAACCGAACCCUUGGUGGAAGAAAACCGCCAAACAGCACUUUCACAGUCCUCUCGGUCCAAAGCACCACCUCCUCUCCCGCCUCCUCGGCGCACAAAUACCGCAUCAUCAGCUUCGACUUCAAGAUCAAACACACCGGGACCACGACCUACACCACCAGCAAACAAACCAUCUUAUCCUAUAUCAGCGGCUCAGUCAGCCCUACAAUAUGCUACUGAGCGCCUCAACGUCUCUUCCCAGCCUUCAACUGGGCUACGUCCAUCUGCAUCCAAUCAAUCGCUGGGUCGAGCAUCUAACAGUAAUUAUAAUGGCUAUAGUGGCAGCGACGCUGGAAUGCCCCCCGCACCGCUCCCAAAUAAGCGUGAGGAGCUAUGGCGGCGUCGCUGGGAACGCGCAAGUGAGAUACUUGAGAAGAAUGGCGUUGUGUUAGGCAGCUGGCGUGUGGGUAGUGAUGCUCAGUCAGUUUGCAUGUGGUUGAUCGAGGAUGCUCUGAAAGACGCCAAGAAGCGUUAA